CUUUAGAUCUGUUAAAUGGUGGAGCCAUCAAAGCAAAGCCAUGUGAUGUGAUCGCUUUAAGCUAAAACAAAAAGCUCUCUUCUUCUUCUUCAGUUUCUCCGAUCACUAUUGACAAAGAAGAUGGGUUCUUCACAAUCUGCGGAAGUAGGAGACGAAGGUGAAGAAGAGGAAACUGACAAUGAAGAAGAAGAAGAAGAAGAUAAUGGCAGAUCAAACACAAGAGAAUUAGACAAUCUCCUAGUAAAGAAAGUUCUAGAACAAGAGCCUGAGAUGUUACCAUGUCAUGCUUCAGCUUCACCACUCUCACCACAACUAUCAUCUCUCGGAACUCCAAGGCUUGGACCAUCGAUUAAAAUCUGGGAUCCUUAUAACGUCCUCUCUCCGCCGCCGUCUAUCUUCUCUCGCAUCGCGUCUGGUGAUGAAGAUCGAGCUGUGACGGAGGUUUAUCUGAUUAGUCAUGGUGAGUGUGAUCUUAAUCUAAGACCUGAUUUGAUUGGUGGGAGAUGUCAUGUAGCUGCUCUUACUGGUAAUGGUAAACGUCAAGCUAGGGCUCUUGCUGUUUUCUUUAAAUCUCAAGGUGUUCGAUUCAAUUCUGUUUUCUCUUCUCCUUUGGAUCGAGCUAGAUCCAUGGCUGUUUUGGUUUGUCAGGAAAUGAGUUUUCCGGAGGAGCAUGUACAAUCGUCAGAUGCUAUUAUUGAGAUGAGUUUAGGGGAUUGGGAAGGUUGCAAUCAAGCAGAGAUUUAUAUUCCCGAGACUUUGAGUUUGAUUGAAAGAUGCCAGCCUGAUUUUACUGCUCCAUCUGGAGAAUCACUCAGGCAAGUAGAGUUUCGAAUGGUUCAGUUUCUAAACGGGACAGUCUCAGGACUUGCAGAGAAGCUCAGGUCUGAUUAUUCGUCCACUACAAAUCACAAUGAAACCCAUGAGCGUGAUGGUGGUUCGUCACUUCCUUUGACUAACUGGGACUUACUUCACAAGCAUCGUCCCAGUCUUACAAGGAAGAAAUCUGGUAAAAGCAGACUUCAAGUAAUGACCAAUCACGAACCUGAAGAUGAAUCCCCAAGGGAAGAUGUUAAUCGCAAUCACAAUGACCUAAGUGAUUCCGCUUCGUUAAUCACGAAUUGCAUCGGGGUUUUCACGCAUUCUUUGCCUAUAAAGUGUCUUCUAACCGGAAUCCUCGGUUGCAGUCCGGUAAUGACUCACAAAAUCUGUGUAGAAGACUCUUCAGUGACUGUAUUACAACAUUCAUGGAGAAAUGGGUGGCAGAUCAAACGAAUGAAUGAUACUGCUCAUCUUAGAUUGUUGUAGCGUUAUUUACCGAUAAAUUAUUUGGAAAAACGAGGAUCCAUAUAUGUAUACACCAUGAAUCUGCAGAAGCUCAAGAACAAAGGUUUCACAGAUGAUGAAAUGCCACGGCCUCUUUGUAAUGUUUUGUUUGUGAAAUGAGUAAAAAAGAUAACAAAAACGAUUUAUUGA